AUGUUUUCCUUUUAUUGUAUUUUUGUAUCCGUGCUUCUUUUUCGUUUGUUCGACUCGUAUUUUCUUUUUUUUUUUUCUUCUUUUACUUUCGUCCAUUUUUAUGUUUGUUUUCACAUCGGGCCUUACCCAAACAACUGGCUGAACGAUUUCGAUGUGUUAAUAUCUUCAUUCAUAUUAAUCAAAUGUUUUUCCUGCGCAAAUGUCGCAACCAACGAUGUAUUGUCCAAUCAUAUCUAUCUAUCUAUCUUGGUCAAUUUCUAUCUUCUAUCUUGUCCAAUCAUAUCUAUCUAUCUAUCUAUCUAUCUAUCUAUCUAUCUUGGGAAAAUAUCUAUCCAUCUUCUUAGUCCAAUCAUAUCUAUCUAUCUAUCUAUCUAUCUAUCUAUCUAUCAAUCUAUCUAUCUAUCUUAUCUAUCUAUCUUCUUAGUCCAAUCAUCUAUCUAUCUAUCUAUCUUGUCCAAUCAUAUCUAUCUAUCUAUCUAUCUAUCUAUCUUAGUCCAAUCAUAUCUAUCUAUCUAUCUUAGUCCAAUCAUAUCUAUCUAUCUAUCUAUCUUAGUCCAAUCAUAUCUAUCUAUCUAUCUAUCUAUCUAUCUAUCUAUCUAUCUAUCUAUCUAUCUAUCUAUCUUAGUCAAUCAUAUCUAUCUAUCUAUCUUCUAUCUAUCUAUCUUGGUCAAUCAUAUCUAUCUAUCUAUCUAUCUAUCUUAUCCAAUCAUAUCUAUCUAUCUAUCUAUCUAUCUUAGUCCAAUCAUAUCUAUCUAUCUAUCUAUCUAUCUAUCUAUCUUAGUCCAAUCAUAUCUAUCUAUCUAUCUAUCUAUCUAUCUAUCUAAGUACAAUCAUAUCUAUCUAUCUAUCUAUCUAUCUGAAAAAUAG